CUGUGAGUGUGAAACAUCGAGAAAUAAUACAAAUGAUUGUUUUCAUAAAUCUAGAAAGCAAGAGAGUAACUUUGCGCGAUGAAAUGUUGUCUUGCUAAAUGAGAAUGGAAACAAGUAUUGGUGCUGAUAACUAUCAAUGUGUUGUUUGUGAUGAGAUUUUUCAACAGAAAAGUGAUUUGGUAAAUCACAAUAAAAUACAUGUAAACGAUGAGAAAAAUGAUGUCAUAGAUGCCAAUUGUGAUGUGCACUUUGAUAAUGUGGGCAUAUUUCAUAAAAUUAAGACCAUGGAUGAACAAAAUAGCCCAAGGAAAGAUUCGAGAAGAAAUUCAAACAACAACAUCCAGAGAGGAAAGCAAGAAAUCAGAAGUGAGAAGAUGGCUUCGCGAACUAAACAAAAUAAAAAUUGUGACAGUGGUUUAAAAUUUUUGACUGGUACAAUGAAAAGUACUCAAAUCAAAAAAUUAGCGAUUCAUACUGAUGAAAAAUGCUAUUUAUGUGAUGUUUGUAGUAAAUCAUUUUAUCACAAGAGUCAUUUUCGGGCACAUCUAAGAAUUCAUUCAGGUGAAAAGCCAUUUAAAUGUGAUGUUUGUACUAAAUCAUUUAAUCAGAAAAGUAAUUUACGCAAUCACAUGAAAAUUCACUGUGGUGAAAAAUUGUUUAUGUGUGAAGUUUGUAGUAAAUCAUUUGUUCAAAAGGGUCAACUUGAAGUUCAUAUGAGAAUUCAUACUAAAGAGAAACCUUUUAAAUGUGAUGUUUGUAGUAAAUCAUUUACCCAGAACAUAAACUUACAAGAACAUAGGAGAAGCCAUACAGGGGAAAAACCAUAUACAUGUGAUUUCUGUAAUAAAUCAUUUACUCAAGGACACCAACUUAAGAAUCAUCGACGAAUUCAUACUGGUGAAAAACCUUACAAAUGUAAUAUUUGUGGUAAAGCUGUUAGUCAGAAAAGUAAUCUUCAACGUCACAUUAAAACCCACAAGGGAGAUAACCCAUCUGAAUAUGACAUGUUUAGUCAUUCUUUAGGAGUAAAUGAACUAGGUGCUUGCUCAAUGGAUAUUUGUAAUAAACCAUUGUCCAAUCAAAAAAUUCUGAAUAAUCCUAAGGCAAAAGACACCAGUGACAAAAUCUUUAAAUGCGAUGUUUGUAAGAAAUUAUUUACUUCCAGUAAAUCACUUCAAUUACACACUGAAUGUAAUGAAAAGGAAUGUGAUAUAUUUGAUAGGCCCUGUUUUCUAUUUGAAAAUAAUGAUGAGAAGAUCAUACGUGAAACUUGUGACUCUCAUCUGAAAGAGACCACCGACUGCAACAAAUAUUCUAAUAUUGAUUAUAAAAAACAAAAGGAAAAGGAUGUAAUAUUAUCUGAACUAGAACAAAUGGAGGAUGCAGAAAAUGAACAAUCAGAUGAUUUUGAAAAUAAAAACAUGGAUACUGUUGACUCCGAAACCUUUUAUAAUGUUCAUUUUGGUGAAGAGGAAACUGGAGAAGCUACAACAUUUUGCAAAAGUGAUUUCACAAAUAAAAAUAGUAUUUGUGUGGAAGAGUAUAAAAGUUGUAACAGCGAAAGUAAUUUCAUAUCAAGUACCAGUAGAUUUGUCCCUAUUCAGUGUUCUGUGUGUCAAAUAAAUUUUAAACAAUACAGUGACCUAGAAAUACACAAUAAGAUACAUUUACAUUUAGACAAUACAGAGAAUACAUCACAGAAAGAAGAAAAUGUUACAGAUGAUAUUGUUAACAAGACAUUUCCUGAAGAACAAUUACUUUUGGAACAAACUAAGAGUCAUAUUAAAGAGUCUGAGAAAUGUUAUUUAUGUGAUGUUUGUAGUAAAUCAUUUAACCACAAGAGUCAUUUUAAGGCACAUUUAAGGAUUCAUUCUGGUGAGAAACCAUUUAAAUGUGAUAUUUGUGGUAAAUCAUUUAAUCAGAAAAGUAAUCUUGGCAACCAUAAGAAAAUUCACAAUGGACAGAAACCCUUCAUGUGUAAUGUUUGUGGCAAAUCUUUUUCUACUUUAAGUAAUUUACAAACACACACCAGAACGCAUACUAAAGAGAAACCUUUUAAGUGUGAUGUUUGUAGUAAGUCAUUUACUCAGAACACAAACUUACAAGAACACACAAGAACUCACACUGGAGAAAAACCAUUUAAAUGUGAUCUGUGUUUCAAAUCUUUUUCCCAAAAUCGUCAUUUGAAGAGUCACAUGAGAAUUCAUACUGGAGAAAAACCGCAUACAUGUGAUGUUUGUAAUAAAUCAUUUGGUAAAAAAAGUAAUCUACGUCGACACAUGACCAUACAUUCAAGGCACUGACUAUAAAUAUUUAAUACUUUUUAAAUUUCUGUAAUUUUAUCAUCUGUAUCAAGGCUAUGACUGUCAAUAUUAAAUGCUCUACAAAAAUGUGUUUUUCUGUAUUAAAUGUUAUGUCCGGCCCACACCGCCACGACUUGCCCAGACUCUACCCGACGCAACGUCUUAUCUCAGAUAAUCACUGCAGUGUGGACAGUCCCACGACCACUAUUCAAUCGAUUUCCGUCGCGUCGUCCGGACUGAGCAUGUUCAGUCGUAGUCGGAUACAGUUGUAACCCAUUGUGUUUGUGUGGACACUCACACGACACGAUCAAUUUUCUUACUGUUGUUUAGCCAAUCAGAGAGUAGCAUUUAGUCAUGUGAGAGUCGGGCCUGUGUGGACUGGUACUGUCGUAGGCAAGUGAAGUAAAGACGCGACCCGAUUUGUUUUUACAACUACCCAAGACGCUGAGUCCUGUCGGGUUGUGUGUAGUCAUAGCGGUAUGGGCCGGGCUUAAGACAUUAAGAGAUAUAUAUAUAGGCCUUUUACUGAUAAUGAUAAUGUCAAAAUACCUUUAAUUAUAGUAAUGUCAAAUGUUAAAGUCAAAUAUAAUGUGUCUAAAGACAAAUGUUUUAUUACAUAAUGCUAUUUAAUUUAUUUCUUAUAUCAGGACUAUCCGCAUGUACGCAAACAAAUUCUCCAAUCACAUUUCACCCAUUUCCAUCCAGCCAAUAGGUGGCUGAAAAUUGACCAAAAAUGAUCUGAAAAAGGGCAAAAUUGGCCAAAAAUCAACCAGAGGCUGUUUCUCAAUAACGGUGAAAUUUUGAGAUCGGCCCUCCUUGCUGUGAAGUUGUCUUGAGGAGUCCAUAAAAUCCCCCAGAGAUGAACUUGAUCUGCCGACACCUUCCCACCUUCUGCAUGGGUUUCUCGUGGAAUGACUCUUAAUGUCUAAUUAAUAAUUUAGAUAACAUUUCAGGGAUAAAGAAAGACCUGAAAUAGACAGAUUUAGCUCUUGCAUAAUGUAUGUUUAAUGGACUAAUCUUCCCCAUUCUGAAUAAAUCAGCUGUAUAUU